CCUUCAUCCUUCUCAGGUGUUUCAAGGAGCUGGAACCAUGACGGACUCCAAGUACUUCACGACCAACAAGAAAGGGGAGAUUUUUGAACUGAAGGCUGAGCUCAAUAAUGAAAAGAAAGAAAAGAGGAAAGAAGCUGUAAAGAAGGUUAUUGCGGCCAUGACCGUGGGGAAGGAUGUCAGCUCCCUCUUUCCUGAUGUUGUGAACUGCAUGCAGACCGACAACUUGGAGCUGAAGAAGCUAGUCUACCUGUACCUGAUGAACUAUGCCAAAAGCCAGCCAGAUAUGGCCAUCAUGGCUGUCAACAGCUUUGUGAAGGACUGUGAGGACCCCAACCCCCUGAUCCGUGCCCUGGCCGUGCGCACCAUGGGCUGCAUCCGGGUGGACAAGAUCACGGAGUAUCUGUGCGAGCCCCUGCGCAAGUGCCUGAAGGACGAGGACCCCUACGUGCGCAAAACGGCCGCCGUCUGCGUGGCCAAGCUGCACGACAUCAACGCCCAGAUGGUGGAGGACCAAGGGUUCCUGGACUCCCUGCGUGACCUGAUUGCAGACUCCAACCCCAUGGUGGUGGCAAAUGCUGUGGCUGCCUUGUCAGAAAUCAGUGAGUCGCAUCCCAACAGCAACCUGCUGGAUUUGAACCCUCAGAACAUUAACAAGCUCCUGACAGCUUUAAAUGAGUGCACAGAGUGGGGCCAGAUCUUCAUCCUGGACUGUCUGUCCAACUACAACCCCAAGGAUGACCGUGAGGCUCAGAGCAUUUGUGAGCGGGUGACCCCUCGGCUGUCCCACGCCAACUCGGCAGUGGUGCUGUCAGCAGUGAAGGUCUUGAUGAAGUUCCUGGAACUCCUUCCCAAGGACUCUGACUAUUACAACAUGCUGCUGAAGAAACUUGCCCCUCCGCUGGUGACACUGCUGUCUGGAGAGCCCGAAGUUCAGUAUGUUGCCCUAAGGAACAUCAACUUGAUUGUGCAGAAAAGGCCUGAAAUCCUGAAGCAGGAAAUCAAGGUGUUCUUUGUGAAGUACAACGACCCCAUCUAUGUCAAACUGGAGAAACUAGACAUCAUGAUCCGCCUGGCUUCUCAAGCAAACAUUGCCCAGGUGCUGGCAGAGCUCAAGGAAUAUGCUACCGAGGUGGACGUUGACUUUGUGCGCAAGGCUGUCCGGGCCAUCGGGCGCUGUGCCAUCAAGGUGGAGCAAUCUGCAGAGCGCUGUGUCAGCACCCUGCUGGACCUCAUCCAGACCAAGGUCAACUAUGUGGUCCAGGAGGCCAUCGUGGUCAUCAGGGACAUCUUCCGCAAGUACCCCAACAAGUAUGAAAGCAUCAUUGCCACUCUGUGCGAGAACCUGGAUUCCCUGGAUGAGCCAGAUGCCAGAGCUGCCAUGAUCUGGAUAGUGGGUGAAUAUGCAGAAAGGAUUGACAAUGCAGAUGAGCUGCUGGAGAGCUUUCUGGAGGGCUUCCAUGAUGAAAGCACUCAGGUGCAGCUCACCCUACUGACUGCUAUAGUGAAGCUGUUCUUGAAAUCUCAGGAUUCUGACAACCCAGACCUGCGGGAUCGUGGCUACAUCUACUGGCGCCUGCUUUCCACGGACCCAGUGACUGCCAAGGAAGUGGUGCUCUCAGAAAAGCCACUUAUUUCUGAGGAGACUGAUCUGAUUGAGCCGACUCUCCUGGAUGAGCUGAUCUGCCAUAUUGGGUCUCUGGCUUCUGUGUACCACAAACCACCCAAUGCUUUUGUGGAGGGGAGCCAUGGGAUCCACCGCAAACACCUGCCCAUUCACCACGGCAGCACUGAUGCAGGUGACAGCCCUGUGGGCCCAACGGCCACCACCAACCUGGAGCAACCACAGGUCAUUCCAUCACAGGGUGACCUGCUGGGUGACCUUCUCAACCUGGACCUGGGACCCCCAGUGAAUGUUCCUCAAGUGUCCACCAUGCAGAUGGGUGCUGUGGACCUCCUGGGAGGAGGACUGGACAGCUUGCUUGGCAGUGACCUUGGCGUGGGCAUUGGAGGAAGCCCGGCAGUGGGGCAGACCUACAUCCCCUCCUCCGUGCCGGCCACCUUCGCCCCCUCGCCCACCCCAGCUGUGGUGAGCAUUGGACUCAACGACCUCUUUGAGCUCUCCUCUGGCAUAGGCAUGGCUCCUGGAGGAUAUGUGGCUCCCAAGUCUGUUUGGUUGCCUGCAGUGAAGGCUAAAGGACUGGAGAUCUCGGGCACGUUCAGUCACAGGCAGGGGCACAUCUACAUGGAGAUGAACUUUACCAACAAGGCUCUGCAGCACAUGACUGACUUUGCCAUUCAGUUCAACAAGAACAGCUUUGGGGUCAUCCCGAGCACCCCGUUGGCCAUUCACACGCCUCUGAUGCCAAACCAAAGUAUUGAUGUCUCCCUGCCCCUCAACACUCUGGGACCAGUCAUGAAAAUGGAGCCUCUGAACAACCUCCAGGUGGCCGUGAAAAACAACAUUGAUGUCUUUUACUUCAGCUGCCUCAUUCCUCUCAAUGUGCUUUUCGUAGAGGAUGGCAAAAUGGAGCGCCAGGUCUUCCUCGCAACAUGGAAGGAUAUUCCAAAUGAAAAUGAGCUUCAGUUCCAGAUUAAAGACUGUCACCUGAAUGCUGACACUGUCUCCAGCAAACUGCAGAACAAUAACGUCUACACCAUUGCCAAGAGGAACGUGGAGGGCCAGGACAUGCUCUACCAGUCUCUGAAACUCACCAACGGCAUCUGGAUCUUGGCAGAGCUUCGCAUCCAGCCGGGGAACCCCAACUACACGCUCUCCCUGAAAUGCCGAGCUCCCGAAGUGUCCCAGUACAUCUACCAGGCCUACGAUGCCAUCUUGAAGAACUAACAGGAGCUCAGCCUGUGCCUCGCCCUGCGGGAGGAGCGGGGAGGAAGGUCCCCAGGUCCUCCUUCACCCCUGGCGCGGGGAAGAGCCCUCCUGACUGGAAGCAGCUGUAUUCAUGUGUAGGAUUGCAGUCAAAGGCACUGAUUAAACAAGGUAGCAAUUAGUAUUCACGUGCUGAUGAUGAUAGGGAACAAAACCCCUUUGAUAUUUUUAGCGUCCGUGGAGUUUGUAACCACUGCUUCGGUGACUCCCCCUCGGCCCUCACUCCUCCCUCUCCUGGGCUUCUCCAUCUUGUGCCAAUGCUCAGUGUUUUCUAAAUGGCUUCAGGCGUAGCUACGGUUUUGUAAAGCACCACUCAUUGAAAAACAAGCAACAACCACACGUUGGCUCAUUAAAACAAGGCAAAAGUGUCGAAAA